AAAAGGGAAAUGGCAAAUAGAAAAAAGAAGGCAAAAGAAAAUGAGAACUAAUCUUUUUAAGUGGACAACGUUGAAUAAAUGCCGAGUUUUAUGCAUUCUUUGUUUAAUUCAGAUGAGAAAAGCAUAAUCGCAGAAAAAUCAAAGGAGGAAAGCAAAAAAUCAGAAAGAAAGAGAGAUGAAAGAAUUUCUGGAAUUCAAGUAUAAAAAGCAAGGGACAAACUAUAAAAGAGAAAUAAACCAAUGUCCAAAGUAUUAUAGGAGAUUAGAUAACUUUAAACUUCAGGAGUAUUAGUUUGCCGCCGAGCAGGAUUUUAAAGGUUUGUAAGGUAGGCAGGGAUCAAGGUAUCAGAUGAACUUGGGUUUAAAGAAUUUAGAUAUUCUAGUAAAUCCUUAGAAUGCCUAUAAACAUUAACUGAACAAUAUAUGGUGGAUUUAUUCGAGGAUUCAGUGUAGUGUACCUUUCAUGCUAAAAGGGUGACCUUGAUGGCAAAAGACUUAAAUUUAACAGCGAGAAUACGAGGAAUAGAGUAGCCGCUUCAAGAAAUAAGAAAUCUUAAACUUAAUUGA